UGUGUGCUUUAAAAGCAUACAGUAGGCUAAUGUUUAGAACGAUAGGCAGGUAGUUGUAGGGAAAAAACCACACUUUAGGUUGUUAAUUUUGAGUAUUUUUGGUCGGUAGUUUUGUUUUGCGUGCCAUUGCCUUUUCUAUAAAACCACGGGAGUUGCGGCGAAUGAGAUGAACGUCGGGGUUCCCCCGUAUGAGCUAGACAUUUUGCGUUUCACGGCCAGCGGUGAAUUAGACAAUUGUUCCUUCAUCGUGCAGCUUUAGAAUGAAGACGGAAAAGACCUACAUGUUGAUUUUAUUUCGCCACCGGUUAAAGCCUGAAUGAGAGAAAAAACCUCCCGGCGACGACUGUCAAGGUCUUACAUCCUGGAGCUGGCUCACUUCAUCUGCCGGAGUUGCAUAGAAAAUUAUAUGUUGAUUAAAUUUUUUUUUUGGAAGCGGUUGUGCCUUUUGUUUUCAUAUCGGGAUAUGCGGAUCUGUAAACGCCACGAAACCCAAAUGAGCAGACGUUUUUUCUGCUUUGAAAAUGAGGAAGCGAUUUCAUAAAGACCCAGAAAAUGGCAAAAAGGUCUCGUCGUCCGUGGGCCCUGAUUUCAGCAAAAUGAGAAGGAAAGGGGCAAAUGCAACAGCAGCAUGAUUUUUUUUCACCCCCUACAGAAUGACACCAAAGGAGGUAAAACGGUGGAGGUAGAUGAGACGCAGCAUCGAUGAAGGCGGUCUGGACAAGUUUUGAGUCGCUCAUAAUGAACAGAAAUACUUUACAGAUCGUUUUCACUCUACUGAAAGAUAUUUUCUAAUUCACCAGUCAUCUUUUUCGCAUUGCAUCAAUUAUCUUGUUUUUCCCCUUUUUAAAAAAAAAAAUAUAUUUUUUUUUAUCCGGAUCCUGCCCUGACUACUCAAUGGAAGUAUGUUACCAGCUACCGGUUUUGCCUCUAGACAGGCCGGUUCCCAAGCAUGUCCUCAGCCGGAGGGGAGCCAUUAGUUUCAGCUCUAGCUCUUCCCUCUUCGGGGCUCCUGAUCCAAGACAGCUGUCACAGAGGCGAGGGGCCAUUUCCUACGACAGCUCUGACCAGACAGCGCUAUAUAUUCGUAUGCUAGGAGCUUGUGUAGUAUUCAAACAGCUGUUUGCAAGAGAUGUGAGAGUGAGAAGUCAGGUUGGAUUUGAACCGGAACGAAGAAGCUCCCACCCAUACCUUUGUAUCGACUUCCGAACACUUCACACACGGCUGAGCCGCGGGUCCUCGUCAUCCAGUUCUGAUUCUGAAAGGAGGGUCCACAGACUGCUCAGCUUCCAGAGAUACCUGCAUUCAUCCCGCCUGCUGCGGGGAAUCCCCCAGCAGAUUCCUCUUCACAUCCUUGAUGAAGACUACACUGGACAGGCCAGAUGCAUGCUGGAAAAAGUUGGCAACUGGAAUUUUGAUAUUUUCCUCUUUGAUAGAUUGACAAAUGGGAACAGCCUGAUCACCCUGACCUUCCACCUGCUGAACCAGUAUGGCCUGGUGGAGCUCUUCCAGCUGGAUAUGGUCAAACUCUGGAGGUUUUUAGUUAUGGUUCAGGAGGACUACCACAAUGACAACCCGUACCACAACGCUGUCCAUGCUGCAGAUGUCACACAGGCCAUGCAUUGCUACCUGCAGGAGCCCAUGCUUGCACAGUCUCUGACGUCCUAUGACAUCUUACUGGGGCUCCUAGCAGCUGCCACACAUGACCUGGACCACCCUGGGGUCAACCAGCCUUUCCUCAUUAAGACUGACCACUAUCUAACAACACUGUAUAGAAAUACCUCAGUUCUGGAAAAUCACCACUGGAAAUCAGCAGUGGGUCUCCUUAGAGAGACUGGACUGUUCUCCCAUUUGCCUGCUGAGGACAGUAAGAGCAUGGAGAGAGAAUUGGGCUCCUUAAUCCUGGCCACAGACAUCAGCAGACAGAACGACUAUCUGUCCAGGUUUCGUAUGCACCUGGACCAGGACAACCUGUGCUUGAACCACGCCAGCCACCGUCACUUUGUCCUACAGAUGGCUCUUAAGUGUGCAGAUAUCUGCAACCCCUGCAGACCCUGGGAGCUGAGCAAACAGUGGAGUGAGAAAGUGACAGAGGAGUUCUUCCAACAAGGAGACAUCGAGAAGAAGCACAAACUUGAAGUCAGCCCACUUUGUGACAGAGAGACAAACACAGUUGGCAACAUUCAAAUAGGCUUUAUGACAUACGUCGCGGAGCCGCUGUUUGCAGAAUGGGCCCGUUUUUCCGACACACGGCUAUCCCAGACAAUGCUAGGUUACAUGGGGCUGAACAAAGCCAGCUGGGGUGGCCUGCAGCAGGAACAAAUCCCCGUCUUAGAGGAGGUAGAACCCAGCACAGUCGGCACAGACACAAAAGACACCGCCACAGGAGGAACCAGCUCCAAAGAAAUACCUCAGGGAAGCAGAGAAUCCUGACACUCCUUCUGUGCUCUUUCACCCCAGCCUCCCAGAUCCAGAACCUUGGCCUCAAGGCCUCACCACAUACUGAGAACCUGGUGGGGCUCCCACCAGCCUGCAGCCCUGUCGCUGCCCCUUCUGAUCCCAUAAUCUUGUUUAUGUUUUGUUGCAUUGGUCUCCCAUCUUGAUAAACCACUGAUUUUAUUUAAUUUAUUUAAUUUUUAAUUCAUCCUUUUGGCAUAGAGCAAUACAUAGAUACCUCAUUUGGCUACUGCUGUAUUUUCUUUUAUUAGCUCUGUUUAAUUUAUUUGCCCACUGUAGUUUUGGCAUUACUGACUGAACACACCAUUUUAUUUUUAUUUUUUAUUUUUUUUAUUUAUUUAUUUUUUUGGAGGGGGGUGAACCUUUAGGGGAAAGCAGUAUAAAAACUGGGACUUUUUUUUCUGGAUUUUUGAAGUGCCAUUUGAAAACUGAGAUUUGAAGAAUGAUUUGGAUUGAACUGACUGAGACAACUGGAGUAUUCAUGUGAGACCCUCCUGAGACUUUUGAGUAUUGAUGUGUUGCAUUUGUACUGAAGAUUCUUCCUCAUGUUAAAAAAAAAAAAAAAAAAAAAAUGUGACAAGCCCAGUCCUUCUGCUGCCUCUAUGAUGACUGUUUACGCAUCUCCCUGUCUGUUGUAUCUUUCCCUUGAACUGAAAUGAAUCUUGUCAGCUCCACGGUUUGCCUUUGAAGCACAGAUGUAAAGAACCACUUGUUUGAACUGUCAUCCCACUGUUGAAGCCAUGAGCAGAACCUUAUUCAAACACACCAGAUGCCAUAAAUGACUCCACCUGUGCUACUAUGUGUUCUUGCACUCCAAAUAAUGAUGAUGUUGCUUCAUCUCCAUGACCUUCCUAAGAUAUCCUGUAAAAGGUAUUAUCUAGCCCUGGUUGACCUCUGGGAGCUCCCCGGCCAGAAUGGACACUGGUCAGUCACUGCACUUGCAUCUAACCUGGAAGUCCGCUCCAUGCAACUUGACUCGCUCAGGGUUUUGCCAGUCUCUUUUUAGAGGGAGAGGGGGAGGAGGUGACUACAGACGAUGCAAGGUUGCUGGGUUUCUUUUUGUUUUGUUUUUUUGGCUUGGAUCAACUGGAGAUUCCCUCUCUGCAGAAUGUCUCACAGCCACAUGAAACCUAAAGGACUGCUUGACUUAUGCCUUAUAACUAUGCACAAACUAUGCUAAGUGACCAAACCAACUCCUGUUCCCAUCAAGUGCAUGGUGUGCUUGUCUUUGAAUGCACUGUCCAGACCCUUUGUCCUUUUGUUGUGAGGAACAACCCCAGCUGUUCUUUUUUUUUUUUUUUUUUUUUUUUUUGUUUUUUGUAUGGAAACAUAAUGGUCGAGUGAAUUAGAACAUUCCACUUUUUUGUGUUUGGUUUUCUAUUUUGAUUCUGUAUAGUGGCACAGAUUGUGUUUGUGUUGAAACAUUUUGAACGAUAACAGGUGCUUUUCUUACUUUAGCUGAUUUGUAUUUUGCUGUAAGUGCUGUAAGACUGUUGAUAAAACUGUUUACAAUUUGUUGCAACAGCCAUUUUUCGGGAAGACUUAAGUGUCAAGCCAGGUUUUGUAAAGGCUUUGCUGUAUUGACCUUUUUGAUACAUGCCUGUUGCAGUUUCAAUUUGAAUAAUAAAACCUGUUGUUGACUUUCA